AUGUUCGCACAGUUGCGGGAGGCGCGAGCGAUGCUAAGCUCGGGCUUCUGCUCGCCCAUCACCGUCUAUGACCCCGUCAGCCAAACCUCCAGCUCCUGCAAGAAUAUUACCGAAUGCUGUAUCGAUGCUGGGACGUCAAAUGACAUGGAGUCAAGAGAGAUCGCCAACAGCGAGUUCAUCGGGAAACCAGGCGACUACUUUCCGUGGGACUAA